AUGAAUCUGCAGCAGCUGUGCGAUCUCCUGCCCCUCAUGAGGCCUGCCUGCUUAAAGCAGGGCCUGGAGAAGGCGCAGAAGCCUCAGAAGGAGCCUGCCCCAAACCAGCAGAAGACGCUCUCGGCUCUGGACCACGAGGCCUGUUACCUUUGCUACAACCUCCUGGUAUUAGCCAACGUGGUUGUGGGAACCAAGCCAGCAUCUCCAAGAGAGCAGGGACACCUCCAGCAACUUUGCCUCCAGGUGCAGCGGCACAUCAGCAGCAGCCUCCGCGAGGACCCCGCUCUCCUCUACCGGACCAAGCUGAAGAACCUGGCUGCCCAAACCUACGUCAAGUGGCAGGAGCUGCUGUCGCAAAGCUGGCUCCAAUUAACCCACUAG